AUGGGGGCCGCGUGGAGCAACGAGACAUUCGACGAGGACUUCCGGGGGAUUACCUCGUCACUGAUGCUUCGGGAGAAGAAGCGGCUCUAUAGGCGGUUCAUGCGACUCUCUAAGGGGCAGAAAUACAUUGAGCGCCAGACGCUUUUGGACAUUCCGGAGAUAAGCACAAACCCACUCAAGGACAGGGUGACCCUACAGUUCAUCGAUAUGAACAGAGAUCGGAUCAGCCUGAAAAGCUUCAUAGAAAACAUCGAGGUCUUCUCUGGGGGGACGAGUCUCGAAAAGAAGGCCACGUUCAUCUUUAAUGUGUACGAUGUGGACAGGAACGCCAUCAUCGACGAGGCAGACAUGACCCAGAUCCUGACGAGUGUCCUGGGUGUGGCGGAUAACAGCGACGGCAAGGGGCCUUCUCUUGCCUCUCUAAAGUCUAUCGCACGGAACACCAUAGACGGCAUGUUUGCCAUCAUCGAAAAAGACCCCGAGGAGUUCGAGCGUCGGAUAGACCUGCGGACAUUCACUCUUCUAUUAGACCGUAUGGAGGGCGCCUCUCUUAAGCUGACUCUUUCAAUGUGA